AUGAGCCAGAUCGACUCCCCCUCUGCCUCGCAAGCGCAACCCAUGGUGUCCCACCCCGAGAUAGCCGCUCCCUUGUCACGGCGCGCACCCUCCGUCUCCUCACGAACCUCCCGGUCGCGACACCACCACCGCGGUGGCCGUAGCCACCAUGGCGGCUCGUCGAGCUACGUCGCGCAAAACGAGUUCCCAUUCUUUGCGCAGACCGGAGACGUCGAGAUCGUGAUCGCAUGCGAUGGACAAGAGAAAAGGUACUUGUUGCACAGGUUGAUGCUGGGCCAGGUGUCGGGCUUCUUCGAGGCGGGGAUGAGUGAGGAGUGGUCGAGAAGCUUGGGACCGCCGCCACCGUCGGCGCCGCCACCGGUGGGAGUGAUGACUGUGAUUGGGGAGGACGGGAGUCAAGUGGAUGCUGGGCAGCAGCAACAGCAAAAGCCGUUGUUGCGGCCAGAGCAAAUGCUGGCACCGGGGCGUAAAAGGUGGAGGUAUGAGCUGGACUGGGUAGGUCUGGAGGAUGAUGAAGAGCCGAUGCUCAUUCAGAAGCCUCCGUCCGGCGGCCUCUUCGUCUCCUCCUUCCAACCCCUCCCCACUCCUCAAGUGCGGCCACAGCAGCAGCAGCAGCAGCAGGCACACCGGUCCUUCUUCCGCUCCGUAGCGAACCUCACCCUCGGCCACACAGCACCACCAACCACCACAACCCAAACCAACAUAGACGCCGCCCUCAACAACCCGCUCAUCCGCGACUACGAUAACCUCUUCCGUACCUUCUACAACUUCGCCCCAGUCCUCAACUCUCUAAACAUCGCCGCCGCCUACUCCGAAUGCAAAGCCUUACUCACCCUAGCGGACAUGUACGACGCCUUGACAGUCGUCGGCCCACGGAUCGACCACCAUCUCCUCCGCUUCGGCUCGAGAUUGUUCAAGCAGAUCGCCAAAUACCCGCCGUCGUACCUGAAAUUAGGGUAUCUAGCGCGCAGCCGCAUCAUCUUCUCAGAAGCGCUGACGCAUGUAGUCGGGCAAUGGCCCGUCGCGUACCCAUACCUUCGCACUGACCACGAUGACGAUGGCAAUGGAGGAGGCAGCGGCUAUGACGUACCGCAGUCCGUGCUCGAUCUGAUCGAGGAUAAAGUCGACGAUCUGGAGGAGCUGAAGGGGAAGAUCGAAGCGAAGUUAUUUCGGCUGACGCUGACCACGUCGCGGGGUGAGCGCGUGAACCCAAGUAAUGAUUAUCUGGGCUGGCUGGCGAUGAGUCUCUUUCGGCAGUGGGUUGCGGAGAACACGACGCCGGAACCGCGCGGGAUCUUGAAGCAGCCUGGUGGUGGAGUGUCGCCCGGCGCUGGCGCCGGCGCUGGGAAUGCAGCCGGAGGUGGUGUGGCGAGGCCUGGAAGUUCAGGACGACAACCUGCUGCUGCCGCGGGAGCUGCUGCACCACCACAUUCGCCGAUCCCGGCUUCGCGGAUUUAUAGGCUUCUCGCAUCGCAGAAUCCGGAGGCCUACCUCCCGCACGACGAACUGCGGCGGUUCUUGAAAUGUCAGCCUUCCGGGAUGGCGGGGAAUGUGUCGCUUUACUCGAAAGAGAACCUCCGGCGCUUCGAGCGGCGCAUGGACGAAGUCAAGAAUCUGGCGAGGGAUGUGGUUAAGCCUUUGGUGAGGAAUUGUUUGGAGUUGGAUUUGCGGUUGUUGGGUAGUGGGGAUGAUGGAGGGAUGGGAGGGGGUGGGUUGGGGUAUUUGACUUGUACGCGGGUCGAGGAGGGGGAGAUUCCUUGGGAUUGA